AGAGACAGCCAGAGACAAAGAGAGACAGGGAUCGGGAGAGACCCAGCGGCGCCGCCGAGCCGGGGGUCCCCUCCGUCCCCAUCCCGGGCUAGGUCGAGGCCCAGCGGACCCCUCCAGGCCGGGUCCCCGCGAACCUGGGGCGUCCUCUGCCUCCACGCCCUCCCUCUGGUCCCAGAGCCGACGUGCCAGCGCCAGGGUCCUCCGCUCGGCCCGCCCUCGGCUGUGACUCGGUUUCCCCCAGGAUCCCCCGGGGAUCCCCCUGGAGCCCAGCCCGCCCUUCCCCGCCCUCCGCCCGCUCCGCUUCCAAGACUGCAGCGCCCAGACCCCCGCGCGGCCGGAUCCGCCCAAGUGGGGUCGGCUCAGGUGUUCCCAAGCCAGUGCCAAACCUGUCUGUAGCCUCGGCCGGAUGGGGUGGUGACCGACUGGUCUCUCGGCUCCAGCGCCAUGUGGUCCAACAACAGCUCCCUGGGGCCCUGUUUCCGGCCGACGAACAUCACGCUGGAGGAACGGCGCCUGAUCGCGUCCCCCUGGUUCGCCGCCUCCUUCUGCGUGGUGGGCCUGGCCUCCAACCUGCUGGCCCUGAGUGUGCUGGCGGGCGCGCGCCAGGGCGGCUCGUACACGCGCUCCUCCUUCCUCACCUUCCUCUGUGGCCUCGUCCUCACCGACUUCCUGGGGCUGCUGGUCACCGGCACCAUUGUGGUGGCCCAGCACGCCGCCCUCUUUGACUGGCGUGCCGUGGACCCCAGCUGCCGCCUCUGCCACUUCAUGGGGGUUGUGAUGGUGUUUUUCGGCCUGUGCCCCCUGCUGCUGGGCGCCACCAUGGCCUCGGAGCGCUAUCUGGGCAUCACCCGGCCGUUCUCGCGCUCCGUGUUCGCCUCCCAGCGCCGCGCCUGGGCCACGGUGGGGCUGGUGUGGGCCGUGGCGCUGGCGCUGGGCCUGCUGCCCCUGCUGGGCGUGGGCCGCUACUCCAUCCAGUACCCGGGCUCCUGGUGCUUCCUCACGCUGGGUGCAGAGCCGGGGGACGUGGCCUUCGGCCUGCUCUUCUCCAUGCUCGGCAGCCUCUCGGUGGGACUGUCCUUCCUGCUCAACACGGUCAGCGUGGCCACGCUCUGCCACGUCUACCACGGCCAGGAGGCCGCCCAGCAGCGCCCCCGGGACUGCGAGGUCGAGAUGAUGGCGCAGCUCUUGGGCAUCAUGGUGGUGGCCAGCGUCUGCUGGAUGCCUCUCCUGGUCUUCAUCGCCCAGACAGUGCUGAGGAACCCGCCUGCCAUGAGCCCCGCUGGGCAGCUGUCCCGAGCCACAGAGAAGCAGCUGCUGAUCUACCUGCGUGUGGCCACCUGGAACCAGAUCCUGGACCCCUGGGUGUACAUCCUGUUCCGCCGCGCGGUGCUCCGGCGCCUGCACCCCCGCCUCAGCGUGCGGCCCAGGUCCCUCUCCCUGCGGCCUCAACUCCCACGGGGCUCCGUGCUGCAGUAGGGCCCGGGCGGCACAGCCGGACAUCACCCCUGCCCGCGCGUCCCCCGCGAAACCCUCGGUCCCCUCUGACGGUGGCAUCUGCCUGUUCUGAUGCUCCAUGAACCGCGUGUGCUGGACGGACAGAGGGUUUCGGCUACGGGAUCAUGGGCGCCUUCCAUCCAACCUGGGGACCCCCCAACUCCUCCCUGACCCCUGUCCGAGGCCUAGGCCCCCUCCCCCACUCAGACCACAGGCCCCUUCCCCGAGACCCUCCCAACCCCAGGAAGCGGCAUGGUGGGGGUGUCGGAAGAGCGUCUGGUAAGGCUCAAAGUGGCCAGGGUCCCCCCCUCUUCCAGUAGUCCUCCUGACAUGGGGGAUUCCUUGACCCCUGAAUAUGACCUGCUUGCUGGGACACAGUUGCUUCCCUUUGAGGCUCCAGCCUGGAAAGGCUCUGUCUAGAAGAGAUUGAAUGUGGACAGGAAGGACACCCCUCUCUGGCCAAAAUGUUCCCCCCUUUGGCUUUGGUUUCCUUUGGCUCCAGAAGCCAUCAGCCUCCGGGGUUCCGACCUCAGGGAUGGGGCUGGGGUCUAGUGCCUCUGCCACCUCAUUUAUCAAGUGGUUUCUUUUCUUUUCUUUUCUUUUCUUUUUUUUUUUUUUUUUUUUGAG